UGAACAUAUAUUCCAAGCCUUCCUUAUCGUCUUCUAACUCUGCAGAAGAUUCCUUCUCUUUAAUCUCCAAAUAUCUCACAGUCACCGGCUGGCAAUUAAAGCACCAUACUUUUGAUUUCAUCGGCUUCUCUCUCUCUCUCUCUCUCUCUCUCUCUCUCUCUCACCCUACUCCUCCCCCAUUAUAUUCCAUGGCUUCAGAUUCCAAUUCAAACCUUAAAAUCAUCGUCGAAAGAAAUCCUCCUCAGGCACGCCUUGCCACUCUUAAUGUCACCUGCUGGCCCAAAAGAUGGGGUUGUUCGCCAGGGAAGUACCAGUUGAAGUUUGAUGCAGAAGAGACGUGUUAUCUGCUGAAAGGGAAGGUGAAGGCGUACCCAAAAGGCUCAUCGGAGUUUGUGGAGUUCGGCGCCGGAGACCUCGUGAUCAUCCCUAAAGGUCUCAGUUGUACUUGGGACGUCUCACUCGCCGUCGAUAAAUAUUACAAAUUUGAGUCGUCGUCUUCGUCUUCAUCUUCGUCUGCAGCAGCAUCUUAGUGUAUAUUUUUGGAUAUCACUGAACUGUUAGUUAUUAAUUUCAGCUUUUUCUUUUCUUAAUGAAUAUCAACUUCAAAUGAAUUAUUCGGUUCGCAAUUUUGUCUAUUUGUGGAGUGGCCAGCGUGGGUUUGUCUUUCUGGUUGUCUGUUUCUGUUGGGUAUUCAGAGUUCAGAUUCAGACACACAGAAAACAACAGUUGUGGUCAAAGAAGGAACAAAAUAUCCGUCAAUGCAUGUCCCGUUCAAACC